GGUUAAACACUUGACUAAAUCAUGUUGUGCUAAAUCUAGUGCGUAGCCGAUCCGACGACAAUCGACCUUAUAGACCACGACAAUUUUACUCCGCUAAUCCACGCUAUCAUCCAUGGUCACCUUACAUGCGUAAAACGGCUUCUCGAAACCUCCUCCCGCCUAGAUCCGAAGUCAGAGACGGACCAUAUACCACUCAACCUCGCCUGCGAGCAUGGGUCACUCGAUAUAGUCGAGCUCCUCCUAGAGCAUGGUGCCCAGAUACUUCCUGAUGCCGAAGGCUUGUACCCGCAACAUCUCGUAGCUCGGUCGGGCCAGACGCCUCAACUACUCCGAUUGCUGCAGAACUAUGGUGCGGACUUGGAUCAAGUCGAUAAGCUCUACGGCUGGACCCCGCUAGUGCACGCAGCGAGCGAAGGGAAUGUGCCUUGCUUAGAGGAGCUUCUGAAUGUGGGCGUUGACCCAAAUAUCGUCGACGAGAAAGACUUGCCUGCAAUGUACUAUGCGGCAUGGGAAGGUCAUCUGGAAUGCAUACAGAAGCUCACACCGUAUCAAAGGGGCAAAGCAGAAAGUCCCCUGAUGAUGCAAACGACCGGUCCUCUUCUUGCCCCUAUGGGGAGUGGAAAUAGUCCUAUCCCUAUGUCGCUCGAUGCAGAUGCUAUUCCUAUCCUUGAACUUCCGCCACCUAUAAUACCUCUGAGACGCUACGGUCAUAACUUCCUCGACACGAAGGCUGUGAUCCAAAUCAGCUUCCAGGUAGAAGGAGACCACCCAUUAGUGUUCUUCCACGACAGCAAAUACCCAGCCGCGCGACUAACCAUCUCUUCCAAAGCGUCGGACCUCAUUCCUAAGAAUAUCAUAUUACCUUUUCAAGAAGACACUCGACUCGUAUCUUUCCAGGUCGACAAUCUUGACACUUUCACCCUUGAUUUUGACGUUUUCCCUACCUACGGCGCGAAAAUAAUUGCAAAGACGGUUGCUCUCCCAAAUACGUUUCGAUCUUCCUGGAGCAGCUCGGGGAAAUGCUGCCUCCCGUUGUUUGACCCCAGACUCCGGGCUAUUGGCCAGAUCAUAUUCAAUACCCAAGUAAUCAAGCCCUUCCAAGGCACUCCGUUGGAGAUAACAGAUUUCGAGACUUAUUGGAAGGCUACGAGUCAACUGGACCAGAACCCAACCAUGUUUGUCACCGGUUCGAGCUUGUCUGGCGACUUUGUUCAGUUAUAUGUUCAACAUACCAGCGAUGGCAUCCCUGUUGUAUGGCCGCGGUGGAUGAUACAAUGCGGUGGAAUUGACGUAUCAAUCUCGCGACUAUCAUACGAGCAAUUCUCUACGGUUACGGCCUCGAAUUUUGGUCGAACUCAACUUCAUCUGAUACCCUCGCACGGCCUUAACAACAUUGCCGAGGUUCAUCGAGCUCUCAACACGGCAGGAGUUUCCUUGGAGCAAGCCCUCUCCCUGCUCCCUAAUUCGAUGCAUGUCGAUCUGCAGAUUAUCUACCCGUCAGAAGAAGAGGAGAGAAGGCUCGGAUUAGGGCCGACCGUGAACGUAAACAGCUUUGUAGAUUCCAUACUAACCAUAGUAUUUGAUCACGCGAGGGAGCAACGAGCGCAGACGAUGUCGGCUCCUGACACUGUUAGGUCGGUGGUGUUCAGCUCUUAUAACCCGACGAUCUGUACAACAUUGAACUGGAAGCAACCCAACUUCCCCGUUUUCCUAUGCAACGACCUCGGCCGGGAAGAUGUUAUGCCUUCGCCGAGCAUGAUCCAGAGUAGCGGACGAAGGACGUUUUCAGUUAAGGAGACAGUGAGGAUAGCGCAGGGUAACAACUUUAUGGGGCUCGUUUGCUGCUCCCGACUACUGGUGAGUUGUCUUAAAGCGAAAGCUAGCUGUGCAUGUGGUAUACUAAUAUGGAAUCCGAACUAGAACAUGGUCCCCGCGCUCGUCGACGCGAUAAAGUCGCAUGGAUUAGCGUUGGUCGUAGACAAAUCAGCCGAGGAGGCUACAGAGCCAUACACGCAUGCGGAUGCAUUCCCUGUUCCCAAGGGCGUCGAUGGUAUACUGAAGGGUAAUGGCGUCUUGAGAUUUAACGAGUCUAUAGGUGUAUAGACAAAAACUGCG